UGAUUCUAACUAUGAAUAUCUUCCGCAGAAUGGCACUUUUUUGGCGCCAGUGCUCACAAUUCCUAUGAUGAUGUUUGCCGGUUUCGGCGUAACUCUUCGUGAUUUGCCCAGUUAUUUGAAAUGGGGCAGCCACAUAUCCUAUCUUCGAUACGGCCUCGAAGGGUUUAUAGGUGCAAUUUAUGGAGAGGGUAGAGGUGUGUUAGAUUGCAAUGAAGCUCCGUACUGCCAUUACAGAUAUCCAAAGAAAUUCCUCGAAGAGAUCACAAUGCAAGGUGAUCAGUUUUGGAACGAUUUUAUAGCGCUAUUGAUAAUUACCCUAGUUUUUAGGUUGGUGGCUUUUGUGGUGCUCAAAGCUAAGAUACGUUCCGUAAAAUAAGUUUAUCCAAAUUGUUAUUCACCUUUAAAUUUGUUUAGUAUUUAAUUUCGUGAAUAUGUACAUAAGUAACGAAUUCCACACGAUUUACAAGUAUUUUAAUAAAAUAUUAUUAUGUAUUAUACUAAAA